AUGUCCACAACCUGUGAUUUUAUCGACGCCCAACUGGCCCUCCCGCCUAUCCCAAAGCCGCCUAUGCACCCUUCCGUCAAAGUCGUGGCGACGCAAGAGAAGAUCCCGCCCUGUGUCCUGGACCACUGCGAGAAGGGCAUCUCACGCUCCGCCGCCGUCGAAAUCAAACAGAAACGCAAGGUACAGCCGAAUUCCGGCUUCAUGGCCCAGCUCAAGGUGUGGGAGGAGACAGGCUACCAGGUCUGGAAGGAUGACAAUAUGACGUUUCCCAAGGAGCCUUAUCGUGUGCUGCUAGAGCGCCGAGGCACAUACCUCAAGGAGAAGGGGCUGACCGGAAACGAGCACAAAAUUGAGAGCAUCUUCGACCUCUAG